ACGAAGUCGCUGUAAUAAGAAAUUUUUAAAUAAUAUAUUACGGUUUAAUUUAAUCGGUUUUUCUUUGUAAAUUAAGAAAAAUAAAAAUAUUAAUUAAAUCUGUUUUUUUUUUCUUUUUGAUUGAAACUUAAAAAAGAAUUGAAAAUUUCUGAAAAAAAAAAUAAGAAUCAUAAAAAAAUAGUGAGAAAAAAAAGUGAAAUAGAAUUAUAGAAAAAAGCAAGCAAGAGAAAAAGAGAGAAAGAUAUAUUAUAUCAAGAAAGAAAAAAAAAUGAAUAAUGAAUCUGAUAAAAAAACCGAUUUAAAUGUGUGUAGUGGUGUUAGUAGUAGUAAUUCAACAACAACUAAUACAUCUAUCCCUGUCAUUGGUAGUGAUAAUUCUUCACCAAUACUAUCAACAUCAGCAGUUCCACCAACAACAACAACAAAAGCAGCAGCAUUAACUGCGCCAACAACGGUGACGACGACGGUGACAAAGUCAAACAAAAAAUCGCAACCAUCAUCAUCAUUAUUGUCAUCCUCUUCUUCAACGUUGUCGUUGUUAUCGAAAAAAAAGAACAACAACAACAAUACUACAAUUGAAAGAAUGACCAAAAAAUCGUGCAAAAAUUCAAUGGUAGGUGGCGCAGCAGCAGCAGCGACUGCUAGCACAUCAACUGCAAUUAACAGUAAUAAUAAUAAUAAUCAACAAAACAAUAAUAAAAAUUUCAACAAAAAUAAUUUGAAAAAUCAAAAAAAUAGUGAUAGUACUAACACUACUACUAUAAUACCAGCAAUGGCGGCUUUGGCUACAGCAACGGCAACUACAACAUGCACUACUACAGCCACACCGCUAGGAACAUUAAGCGGUUGUAUUGGUAGUAGUGGUAAUAAUAAUAAUAAUAGUAGUAGUGGUGGAAUAGUAAGUAUGAUUGGAGGUGGUAAUAAUGGUGGUUUAUUAAGUAGUGGUAGUAGUAAUAUAAAUAAAAGUAGUAGUGGUAAUGCAAAUGCAAAUAAUGGCAAAAAUGUGUCCAACACAAAUACCACCAACAACUACAAAUUGGCGACGACGAUGGCGAUUACAUCGUCGCCAUCGUCAUCUUCUACCUUAACUAUAAUGGCUGCCGUGGCUGGCAAUGAUCCUGCUGCUGCAACAACAUCAGCAUUAUCGUCGUCCUCUUCCUCCCCCACAAUACCAAUACCAUUAUCUCCAUUAUCAACUUUAACAACAACAACAACAUCACCUGCUUCUUCAUCGUCUUUGUCGGGCGGAUCAGGAUCGAUUCUUUCUUCGUCCUCCUCUUCAACGAAAACUAAUAAUAAUUUAGUAGUAAGUAGUAAGAAAUCAACUACUAAUCGACAACAGCAGCAGCAAAAACAACAACAACACCAUCAGCAUCAGCAGUCUGACCAACCGCCACCACCACCUUUACCUAAACAACAACACCAACAAACUAGUACAGAUAUUUGUGGUGGUUGUGUUAGUAUUGGUGUUGGUGGCGAUGAUGUUGAAAAUGCAGUAGCCGCAACAAAAUCUGCUGGUGGAAAUGAUCAAUGCAAUGCAUCAUUAUUAUCAUCAUCAUUACCAGUACCAGCAUUAGUUUCAGCUGCAACAACAACAUCUUUGUCUUCUUCGGUUGCAUCUUCUUCUGCUACUACAACUGUUGUACUCACUCAACAACAACAAACAUCAACUUCAACAUCAUCAUCAAUUCAACAACAACAACCACAAAAUUCAUCAUGUUCAGCAUCAUCAUCAAUAUCAUCGAAUUCUUCAUUAUCAUCGUCUUCAGUUGGAAUUGUUAAUGCAAUAUCAACAGCAUUACAAAAUAUUAUCACAAGUGAUAAUUCAGAUACGGAUACUGAAGUAUUUCCACCACCAAGAGUUACUGAUUUAUCUGAAUCUGAUGAGGAGUCUGUGUCAGAGAUUCUUCUGGCAUGCUUGUGUCUAAGGCCAGAUCUCUUGGAUGAUAUUCCAGAAUCAGAUCCAGAAAGUUGUGGCAAUGAUGGUGAUGGAAAUGAUGAUGAAGAUGAUGGCGACGAUGAGGAAGAAGAUGAAGAUGAUGAGUUACAAGAUCCCAAUGAAGUCGGUGGUAAUUUCCUUUUGGAUACGGCUACAGAUCCGAGGGGUAAUCUUACUGCAUUGUUUGAAGCAGCUGCCAAUGAAAAAGCGCCCGUUUUAAGACAUGCAACUCAUGCCAUUGAUGAGACUAAACAAGCUCUGACUAAAAUGCGAUGUGCAAGUAGUCCAAGAGAUAAAACAAUUUUCUCGCGUACCCUGAUUGCUGCCUGCAACGAUAACGAUGUUAACACUGUUCGAAGACUUUUGGGCAAGGGAAACAUUAAUAUCAAUGAAUCCACGGAUGAUGGAGAAUCCCUACUUUCAAUGGCUUGUUCAGCUGGUUAUUAUGAACUUGCUCAGGUUCUCUUGGCAAUGUCAGCUGCCCAAGUAGAGGAUAAAGGCCAAAAGGAUUGUACACCUCUAAUGGAAGCAGCUUCCGCUGGCCAUCUUGAUAUUGUUAAACUUUUGCUUAGCCAUAAUGCUGAUGUAAAUGCUCAUUGUGCCACAGGUAAUACACCACUGAUGUUCGCAUGCGCUGGUGGUCAUUGUGAUGUGGUUAAAGAGCUACUCAAGCAUGGGGCUAAUGUUGAAGAGCAAAAUGAAAAUGGUCAUACUCCGUUAAUGGAAGCAGCAUCAGCUGGACAUGUUGAAGUUGCCAAGGUUCUUCUCGAGCAUGGAGCUGGAAUAAACACCCAUUCGAAUGAAUUUAAAGAAAGUGCCCUUACUCUUGCCUGCUAUAAGGGACACUUGAAUAUGGUUCGUUUUCUGCUACAAGCUGGUGCAGAUCAAGAACACAAGACAGACGAGAUGCAUACAGCCCUCAUGGAAGCCUCAAUGGAUGGUCAUGUGGAGGUAGCCCGUUUGUUGCUUGAUUCCGGAGCACAAGUUAACAUGCCAACUGAUUCAUUUGAAUCCCCUCUAACUCUGGCCGCAUGCGGUGGUCAUGUUGAAUUGGCCACGUUAUUAAUUGAACGUGGAGCAAACAUUGAAGAAGUCAAUGAUGAAGGCUAUACACCCUUGAUGGAAGCAGCUCGCGAAGGCCAUGAAGAAAUGGUAGCCCUUUUGCUCAACAAAGGAGCAAAUAUCAAUGCAACCACUGAAGAAACUCAAGAAACUGCCCUAACACUAGCAUGCUGUGGUGGUUUUAUGGAAGUUGCAGAGUUUCUUAUUAAAGAGGGUGCCAAUUUGGAAUUGGGUGCAUCCACACCAUUGAUGGAAGCUGCCCAAGAGGGACAUACCGAUUUGGUUCGAUUUUUGUUGCAAAACAAAGCAAAUGUUCAUGCCGAAACCCAAACAGGCGACACAGCAUUGACUCAUGCAGCCGAAAAUGGUCAUACCGAUGCCGCUGAAGUACUUUUAAGCUAUGGAGCUGAAUUGGAGCAUGAAUCUGAAGGCGGACGAACACCAUUGAUGAAAGCAUGCCGUGCUGGUCACCUUUGCACUGUUAAAUUUCUAAUUCAAAAAGGAGCCGAUGUUAACAAACAAACAACCAGCAACGAUCAUACACCUUUAUCUCUAGCUUGUGCUGGCGGUCAUCAAGCAGUUGUUGAACUAUUGCUUAAAAGUGGAGCUGAUCCCUAUCAUAAGUUGAAGGACAAUAGCACAAUGCUAAUUGAGGCUGCCAAAGGCGGUCAUACUCGUGUUGUUGAGCUACUCUUCAAAUAUCCCCAUCUAAUACAAAAUCAUCAAAACGAACUGCAAACAAAUGGAAUUAACAAUGCUGCCAAUAAUGCUGGUCAAUUGCAAUUAAUCAAUAUACAACAGCAAAAACAAUUGCAACAACAAUUACAGCAACAACUUCAGCAGCUUAGUGCCCCACCAGGUUUGCAUGAGGUACCUGAGGCAGUACGAGUUUCCAAUCAACAAUUAUUCCACCAGCAACAAUUUCCUUCUGUGGAUUAUUUGGAUGAGCCAUUAAUUGCCAAUUCCACUGAAGGUUUUGCCAUCGAUCCGAAUUCCUUAAAUGCCCAGCAACAAGAGGCCCUCAUUGCAAAGAGCAGGCUAUUCCAUUGUUUUGAACAAGGAUUUGCCCAUGGAGUGAGAUCUCAAUCGGGCAUUGUUAAUCAAUUGAUUAGUAGCAGUAACAAUAACACCUCCGUCACUCAAACUAUCAAUCAAACUCAUGCUAAUUCCAAUUCUGUUAAUUGUGGCGGUGGAGGAACUCCAGCUGGAGGAACAUCAACUACCAUCAGCAGCAAUACCAAUACCAUCAAGCAAAAGAGUCUAUUACGUAAAAAUCGUCAGCCUCCAGCUCCAUUUGAGCUAAACUUAACAAGCUCCGAAGCUCAGCAAGUUCGAUCACAGCCAUUGGGUGAAGAUGAUGUUUCUGCAGCCGGUGUUGUAGGUGUUACUCCUGCCUGUUUGUCAACUGGUACCACUUCAAUCUCGAAUGAUGAAGAGAAACGCAGAAGGCGAAACAUGAUUAGAGAUUUCACAAAGGUAAAGAUGGUACGUGACAACAAAGCUCCACCUUCAUCAUUACUUCCAUCAUUUGAUGUUACCAGUGGUGGAGUUGGAACUAUUCCAACAGCACCAGGUGCUAAAGAUGAUCCUCCCAACAUGCCAAUGCUACUUGCCUCGGCCUUGCAAACGGGAACAAAUAUGACAGCCACUCCAGAUGAAACGACCGCCGUAUCGGAUCUCUUCAAGCCUGGAACAUUGAAUUCCUUGGCACCCUACACCAAUACCUUGCUCGCUCCAACUUCCGGUAUAACGUCUUCGUCGUCGCUUGGUGGCGCCGGCCAAACUAGUAGCAACAACACGACCACAACAACCACCACUCAGAUAACAACACCAUCCGAAGUGUCCCAAAGUACAGCUAUAAGUGAUAGACCAAAGGUUAAGCCUGUUUCAAAGAAAGAUGGCAAAAACCUGCGCAAAACUGUUUUUCCAGCAUUGCCUCUAUUGCAGCAAAAUCAAAUGGUUUCGAUUUAUAACAACUUGCCCUUGCUGUUAACAUCCGAGUCAAAUAAGAUCGAUAGAAAUCAACAGGCGUUUAUGAGAGGUGUUGUAAUGGCUGCUCAAAUUGAGCAAUCGAAAUUUAAUAAUACUCCAAUGCCAGGAACUCCGUCAACAUCGACUGGCGGCGAAACUGGACCCAUUCCGCAAGGCUUGCAGCACAAUUUGAUUGGUUCACAAACCCUGCAUGAAGCUCUCCAAGCUGCUUGCUCUCAAGCCGCUUCCUCUAUGGUACAAUCGAUCGACUCAAGGUAUGAGGCUUCAGAAUGUGUAGGAAUUGAGGAGUCGUGUUCUUCACUACUUGCUCAUUUCAGGGACAUGCCUCCGAACAUAACAUCUGGUUCAUGUGAAUCGAUUAACUCGAUUGGUUCCUCAUUAGCUGAUGCCCCCGAGGAUUACAACUUAGGGGUAAAUACACAAUUUAAAAUGUUGCAAAUGGUCGCUGCACAAAUGCCAAACUAUCCAAUGCAGAAGACCAUUCAGCGCUUGUUUGUCGAUCAUCCGAAAUCACCAACCGAGUCACCACCAGCCAGCAGCUCUGCGUUCAAUCAAGAUUGUAGUGGAAUCGAUGGUAAUGAGCCCACCACCGGAACCGAAUCGAUUAGUGUGUGCGAAAUUGCCUCGACUCCAAGUGUCGGCAGCAAUACUGCAACCAAACGCAGUGCAACUGUUGAAGAAUACGAAGAAGACGAAGACGAGGACAUUGACGAUGAUGACGAUGAAGAGGACGAUGAGGAUGACGAAGAUGAUGAUGAGGACGAUGAAGAUGACGACGAGGAAGAGGAGAACGACGAAGAGGAAAACGAGGACGAUGAAGAUGAGGUCGACGAUGACGAAGAAGAUAUCGAACUGGAUUCUCCUACUAAGAGUCGCAAACUUUCUCAUCGUUUGGGCAAUUUGAUUUUGUCCAAUGUAGCUCUUAAACCAGACGACAUCACUCAAGCCUUGUGCGAUUUUCGUCCCGAACUCCAUGCCACAGACUUGGUGCAAGUCUUUCCUCAAAUUGGAAAUUACAAACCGGGAACAUUGACAAAUCUGCAGCAACAAUUUAGUACACAGCAGGUAUAUUCUCUUGGUGCAGCCACAUUUGCCCAAAAUGAAGAUCAUUUCCGUAUGUACGAUAACACGGAUGAUGAUUGUGAGAUUUAUGCCCCCUUGGGAGAGACCUUGGAGCAAUUUACUGCUGAAGAUGAUGGGACUCGUGAUCGAAUUUAUGACAUCACAGUUGAUGAAAUAUUUCAAGUUAUUCAUGACCCUUCAUUGCAGGAACUUACAACAAAUUUGAAUUGCUCUGAAUUGGCUGAUAUUGGUUUGAAUUCUAUUUGUAAGACUCGUUGGAAUGGACAUGCUCAACAUCUCCAAUCUGCAGGAUCAACCAAUAUGUGUCUUUCUUCCGAAGAACAAAAUGAGCAACAACGUCAAACCAGUCAGUUGCUUCUCGACUAUCAAUUACAACAACAAAUACAACAAGUUGAAGAUUUGCAAAUAUGCAAUCAAUUACAAAAUCAACUUCAACAAACAACACUCGCAUUAACACCCAUUGCUACGGACUCUGAUUCAAUUGGAAUUCUAGCACUACCCAAUAGUCAAGUUGAUUUGCAACAACUUCAGCAGCAACAUCAACAACAACAACAAUCCAACAAUGGACAGACAUUAUCUCAAACUAUUCUACAAUCUGCUGGUGCACAGCAAAUCAUACAACAACAAACACAGCAUAUUUUGUCUGGUGAUGCCCAACAGCAGACAAAUUAUGUUUUCAAUGUUGAUCCGGAGAAGCCGUCUCCAUCGUUGCAAUUGCUUUUCCAACUGCCAUCAGUCCAGCAACAAAAACAGCAAAUGCAAUCUGCAGCAUCUAUAUUAUCAGCACAACAACAGCAAAUGCAACAACAGCAGCAACAGCAACAACAACACCAGCAACAACAACAACAUAUUCACCAGCAACAACAGCAGCAGCAACAACAACAACAGCAGCAAUGCAAUACCGUCCAAGAAAUUGGACCGGCUGGUGUUAUUUGUCAACCAAUUGUUCAAACCAACCAAGUGACGCAAACUAAUCUGAUUUUGCAACAGCAAGCUGCGUUGGCCCAACAGGUAUUGAAUCAGCAGGUUCUGAAACAAAAGCAACAUCAGCAACAACAGCAGCUUCUACAAUUCCAACAACAACAACAGCAGCAACAACAACAGCAGCAGCAACAACCACAGUCAUGCUCCCAGCAUACACAGCAGGUUCAAGUGGCUACCCAAACUCAACCGGCGGUAAACAGAAAUGCUUCUACAAGCCAAUUCUGUCCAUCUAUCCCGAUAUCUGCUGAUGUGAGCAUUGGCGUCUGCACCAUAACAUCUCAGCAACAACAACAGCAGCAACAACAGCAACAACAACAGCAGCAACAACACCAACAACUACACCAACAGCAGCAACAACAACAGCAGCAACCCCAGCAGCAACAACAACAACUCCAGCAACAACAGCAAAUUCAACAACAACAACAACCACUAACAACCACAACGAAGUCCUCGGGAGGAAUAGCCAAGAAGGCUAUCGACAAAGCCUCGCGAAAGGAUCGCAAUCGAUAUUCAUUGCUUCGCCAAACUCCAGCAGGCAGUCAAGCAAAUACAACAACUCAACAAUAUCAACAAGCAGUUACAACUGUUGCCACCACGCCCGAUAAAAUUAUCGAUGUUGAUUCUGAAACUGACUCCAAUCAUGACACUGCCCUUACACUAGCAUGCGCUGGUGGACAUGAAGAGCUAGUUGAGCUUUUAAUCAAUCGUGGUGCAAAUAUCGAACAUCGUGAUAAGAAAGGCUUCACCCCAUUAAUACUGGCCGCAACUGCUGGUCACGAAAAAGUUGUUGAUAUACUUUUAAAGCAUGGCGCCGAACUCGAAGCUCAAUCUGAACGAACAAAAGACACUCCUCUAUCCCUAGCAUGUUCUGGUGGACGCUAUGAAGUUGUUGAAUUAUUGCUUAGUGUAAGUGCGAAUAAAGAACAUCGCAAUGUCUCCGAUUAUACACCCUUGAGUCUAGCCGCCAGUGGUGGCUACGUGAAUAUCAUAAAACUUUUGCUCAGCAAUGGAGCUGAAAUUAAUUCACGAACUGGCAGUAAACUUGGCAUUUCGCCCCUUAUGUUGGCCGCUAUGAAUGGUCAUACUGCAGCUGUUAAAUUACUACUCGACCAAGGCUCUGAUAUCAAUGCUCAAAUCGAGACAAAUCGAAAUACCGCUUUAACCCUUGCAUGCUUUCAAGGACGUCACGAAGUGGUUAGUCUAUUGUUAGAUCGCAAAGCCAAUGUCGAACAUCGAGCCAAAACUGGCCUAACUCCAUUAAUGGAAGCCGCUUCCGGUGGUUACAUUGAAGUUGGCAGAGUUUUACUCGAUAAAGGUGCCGAUGUUAAUGCAGCCCCAGUUCCAACAUCACGUGAUACAGCUCUAACAAUUGCCGCCGAUAAGGGCCAUUUGAAAUUUGUUGAGCUCUUGCUAUCACGUGGAGCAUCAGUUGAAGUUAAGAACAAAAAAGGAAACUCGCCUCUUUGGUUGGCAGCUCAUGGUGGUCAUUUGAGUGUUGUUGAGAUAUUGUACAACCACAAUGCCGACAUCGAUUCACAAGAUAAUCGUCGAGUAUCAUGUUUAAUGGCUGCAUUCCGCAAGGGACACACCAAAGUGGUCAAAUGGAUGGUACAGUAUGUGACACAAUUUCCAUCUGAUCAAGAAAUGAAUCGCUUCAUUAGCACCAUAAGUGAUAAGGAAUUAUUGGAGAAAUGCUAUGAUUGUGUUAAUAUAAUUCGAGCUGCCAAAGAAGCUCAAGCAGUUAAGGCAAAUAAAAAUGCGUCAAUUUUGCUGGAAGAACUUGAUAUGGAACGUACAAGAGAAGAAAGCCGUCGGGCUGCAGCAGCUCGCCGCAGAGAACGUAAAAAGAAGAAGAAGAUGGAAAAGAAGGAAGAAAAACGUAGACUUCUCGAAGGUUCCAAUGGAAAUGGCGAGAAUAACGGCGAGGGCUGUGAUAAAGACUCUGACAAAGAGGAUGAUAGUGAUAAAGAAGAUGAAGCUGCCGAAGAAGAAGAAGACGAUGUUGUAAAUCAUCAUCGCAAUCCUUAUCGCGAAGAAGGUGAUUCGGGAAUUGAUCAGGGUUCGUGCUCUAGCACCGAUGUUAAAACUGUUAAUACCCAGCCUGAUAAGAGCAACAAGAACAAAAAUAAAAAGAAGAAGAACGCCAAUCGUAACUCGAACAGCCCCACUCCAAAUGCUGGUCCGAGUGGUGGUAGCCAAAAUGGCGAUGAACCACUGCCCACAAUCACCACCACAACAAGGAAAGAGAAGAAGAAAGAUGAAACAGCAGUUACUGCUUCUACAUCAUCUUCUACCAGCAAUAAGAAUAGCAGAAAAAUUGAUCCUCCUACUGCCACCAAAAUAGUAGAAUCAUCAUCAUCCUCAAAGCCGACGAAAAUAAUUCAUCAGCAGCAGCCACCGGCACAGCAACAGCAAGUUGCUCCCGAGGUACCAGAGAAGACAGUUUCAAACAAGAGAGAAGAGAGCAAACGUAAAGAAACUAAGGAUUCUCUUAAACAACGUGAAAAGGAGAAUCUUGCUCCCAAAGAAGAAGUGGUAGUCAGUCAACAAGUACUAUCAUCAUCAUCUCGUAAGCACCCUGAGAAGAAGCCUACUAAUGCAACUGCUGAUACAAGUGCCUCGUCGCAUACUACCGCCGUCAAUGUAGUUUCAAGCGGUAGUAUUGCAGCACAGAAGCAACAUGGUGGCAGUUCACUGGAAGGUGGCCGUAAGUCAAUGAUCUUCUCAUCUCGGCACGUAAACCCUACUAGUUCCGAAAAAGACGAUACAACACAUACCCAAAAGUCACACCGCAGUGGUAUUACCCAUGAUGAACAACACUCUACUACAUCUAAAGUGAGUCCCCCAAAACCCCAAACAGGACCAACAGGUGGAUCUGUUGCUGCCAAACGUGGAGAAGAUGGCUGGAAGGAAGUUGUUCGUAAAAGUUCCACCCAACAACAAACUUCUUCAAACUCCUCCUCGACUUCCUCAUCUGCUGCACCUGAGAUGACAACCAAGAAAGUUCAAGUUCCUGUCAAUGCUAUAUCACGAGUUAUCGGCCGGGCCGGUAGCAAUAUAAAUGCCAUUCGUGCCACAACUGGAGCACACAUUGAAGUUGAGAAACAAGGUAAAAACCAAUCGGAACGAAGCAUCACCAUAAAAGGUCUUACUGAUGCAACCAAACAAGCUCACAUGCUUAUAUCAGCUUUAAUCAAAGACCCCGAUGUUGAUAUUCUUCAAAUGUUGCCAAGAAUUAAUCCAAAUAUUAAGCCAGUACCAUUAGUUGUUAAUUCUUGGGACAAAAAUACACCCUUGACGCAGUCUGCGUCGGGUGGCAGUGGAAGCACAUUCAGUGCCAGUGCCUCUUCGGUAACAACUACAUCUUCAAUGUCGUCAUAUGCCGCCAAACACGGCACAUCAUCAUCAGUUAAGUCGACAUCAUUGUCUUCUCAAGCAAGCAGCACCAGCUCCAGCAAAUCUGCAACUUCAGUAUUCUCGCAGCAGCAAUCCACAGCAAAGACUUCGAGCAGCUUAUCAGCAACAGCAGUCAAUAAUAAUUCCUCCCGUUCACAACCGGGUGGUGUUCCAGCAAAGGGGUUCUGCUUCCAACAGAAUCCUCGUGUCUCUUCAAGUUCUUCUUCAUCGUCGAACAACACUUUAUCUGCUCAAAAAUCUCGAAAUGUCACCUCGAGCGAUUCCCUAUCAAGCGCAACCAAGACAACAACCACUUAUACAAAUGUUAUAAUGUCCCAGAGAAAUGUCGUCUCCAAAAACCAACAGAUUCCGACUCAAAUACAAACUCAACCGUUUGCCAGUGCCGCAGCUGUUGCCAGCAGUGGCCAGACAUUUGCUGCCAAGCUUACUUCGAGCAACAGUCACAAUACAAGUGUAGGAGGAGAUAAACGAUCUGCUGGUUUAGUUAACCAGCAGCAAACAGCCUCCUCCUCUUCUGUGCAGAAUCAAAUGUCUACUUCGUUCCAUAGCUCACCAAAGAAGAGUGCAAGCAAGGGUUCGUCUUCGACAAAUAAUUCCAAUAGCAUGAACAAUCUCAACACCCUGGCCGGUCCAAUUGGUACGUUCAAUGUAGCCGACGUUGCUGUAAGCAUGGCAGUCGCGGCCGUAAGUGCAGCUCAACAGCAGGCCCAAUCGCAGCCACAAGUACGUUCUGCAACCCCACUUCUAGGGCCGCAAACAAUUGUGGCUGGUAACCAACAACCUUUACAAACGCAACGAAAUGCUUCUCCAUCGCCAGUCGCGAUAUCGAUUCAAACGCACGUCCCAGUGCCAGCAUCUGUUGCAAUGACAGCACCUCCUUCACAAGUUUCUUCAACAGCAGGUGUGUCAGUCAAAACUCCAGCUAUUGUUCCACCAUUGCAAUCGAAAAUUGGCAGCGAAUACUCGUUGUUUAAUGAUACCUAUCAAAACCAAUGGGAGAACAAACCCAUGUACAAUUCUACCAACAGUGAUUCAAUCCCUAAGGCAGAUGCCUCCAAAGCACCUGGCUACAAUCGUGGUAAUGUCAUAAGUUCUCCAGUUAGCUCGAAAGCAUCUAGCAGCAAUUCGACAACUCCACCUGGUGGCAAUUCUAUAAACGCCGCCGUACAACCAACAAAUCUAAAUAUUCUGCCAGUGUCAGUUAGUGCCACAUCGCCAGGUAGCGGAGUGGUAUCUGCAGCUGUUGUCGGUGGUGGCCAACAGCAACAACAACAACAGCAGCAGCAACAACAGCAACAAUCUAUGUCGAUUGUUUCUUCAAUGCCAAACAUACCAACGUCCUCCACUUCAAUGAACGUCGUCGUAGGAAAUGACAAUGAAUUGUCAAACGUUCUAAAGCCCAUAGUCGGCAGUGGCCAGAGUUUAGGUGGAUCGGUUGUCCAACCAGCUAUAGCUCCUCCACCAAGUGGCUUGGCUAUUCAGCGACCAACUGGUGGUCAACAACAUCGCCCAGCUACAUCUCAAAUCGAGACUCCAACAUUGAAUUUCGGUCCAAUUGGAUCGAAUUCCAAUCGUAACGGUCCAGGAGCUGUAGGCGAUCAUGUACAAGGCUCAUCUGCUAGCAGAUACUACGAUCAGAUGACUCAGUCAAAUCUAUCUCAUCAAAUGAACUUCAAUGUUGACUCGUUACUUCCAGGCUACCACAUGGGUGGUGCAGGAGUUGGAGGCAAUGGAUCUUCGGCACCAUCCAUGGGAGGUGCUGCCAUUGGUAAUCCCAUGAACAACUCUACCAAUCCACUACAUAUGUCACGUUUAAAUCCACGCGCAUCAGUGUUCUCCCAACCUAACAAAUCGAAUCAACAAUUAGGUGGUGGGGCUGCAGGAGGUAGUAUGUUCCAUCAAAGUAAUGCAAACAUGGUUAUUGGCGGAGGUUAUAAUAGUGGCGGACAAAAACAAUUAGGUGGCUUAUCAGCCGCACCAGGUCGCCCUCAAUCACAACCACAAACCGGAGCCGGUGGACGAUGGUAUCCAACUAACGAUUAUACCGGUUACAAUAUGCCGUCGACGGCAAGAGAAUUGCUUAAUUUGGAGAAUGGCUUACCAAAUGCUAUGGGUGGUGUUGGCAGUGGUUCACCAGCUGCAAUGUCACCAAAUAAUCCCAAUAUGCAAGCGGCGUCACAAGGUAACGGUUUGAUGGCACAACAAAUGAGCCAACAACAACAGCAGCCACAAAAUAUGCAAGGCAAUAAUGGCGGCGAUGAUAUUAGAAAAAUGCCACGACCAAUUGGCACAGAACGUGCCUCAUGGAAAUACAAUAACUAUCCAAAUAUGAAUACAGUUGGAAUGAAUAGUGGCGUUUCAUUGGAUGCCGAUCCGAAUACUGCUUCGGUUAGUGGUGGUGGCAAUCCAGUUGCUAUUGGUGGCCCAAUGCCACCAUGGAUGAUGGAUAAGUCACAAAACCAACAACAACAGCAGCAACCUCCAUCUGCAAUGAAUCAUCCACAAAAUAAUUGGAUGAAGUCGCAGUAUAGAUAUUAUGCUGGCGGCGUUGGGGAUUACCAUCCACAGGAUCAGUUCCAUAUUAUGGAUUACCAUACAACUGUUCCACCUCCAACUGUUAAUCAAGCUCAGCCAAUGAAUCUUAUCCCAACAUUUCAAUAUCCGCACUAUGUUGGACAUUCAGAUCUAAAUCAGAUGCCGGAUAAAAUCGAACUAUGGGAUCAUCACGAUAAAAAUACAUGGCCCUCAAAUUGGACUAAUUAAAUAAAAUAUCAAGCGAAAUAAUCUGAAGAGAAAAUAUAAACAACAACCAGCAGAAGCAACUUUAUGUGUCCUCAUGAACUUGAUCAAAACCGAAAAAAAAAUACGAAAUAAAAAUAAUAUUCGAAAUAUUAUCAAACAAACAAAAAAAAAAAAAAAAGAAAAUACUUUGAAGAAACAAAAACACAAUUAUACGUUAGAUCUUAUUUGUUUUGUUUUCUCUAACUUCAUUUGAAAAAUGCUUUCUAUUAUAUAACAGCAACAAACAAAUUAAGAAAACACAAACAAAUAAACACACCCCCUUCCCACAUAAUAUACAAACACAACACACCAACACAUUUCACCCGCUAUUUGCCUUGUAAAAGAAUUAAAUUAAUUUAUGUAAAAUUAAUUAAUAUCAGCAAGGAGCAACAUUUAUUUAUAUACCCUAUAAAAACCAUAAUUAAUUAUUAUUAUUAUUAUUUUUUUUCUUCAAUUAAUAAUAAUUUUUAUUUUCAUCAUAUCUUUUUUUUAUUUUGUUUUUCAUUAAUUUUUUCUUUUUUUUUGGAAUAAAAAACAAAGUAAAUUGAAUGAUAAUUCUUCUUAUUAAACAAAAAAAUUAAAAAAAAAAAAAUACAUAGAUUUUAGGUUCAUAUAUAAUAAUCAUCAUAAACAAAAUAUUAUUAAAAAUAAAAAAAUGCUAUGCAUCAAUUUAAUUCAACAAAAAAAUGAAAAACAAAAAUAAAAUAAAAAUACAAAAUAAAACAAAACAUGAAUUAUAACAAAUACAAGCAAAAAUGAAAAAAAAAACAUGUAUCUAUAUUUUAAGCAGGAUUUUUUUUUCUUUAUUAUUCUAAAUAUAAAUAUAAAAUAUUCAAAGGAAAAGCAUAUAAACAAUGAGCAUAUUUAAUGAGAACGAAAAAUUCUCAAAUUGAUAAGUGUAUUUUAUUUCGCCUUAUUAAUUAUUAUCAAUCACAAUAUUUAUGAGGAACUUAACAAAAAAAAAAAGAAAAAAAAAAUAGAAAACCAGACGACGCAGAAGUCCAAGAUGAUGUCAGAAAUUUAUUAUGAUGAUGAUGAUGAUCCCAUCACGAAGCCAGCAAGGAAGUCGAAGAAGAACGAAUACCAACAAUAACAACCCCCUUUACAAUACUAUAAAUAGUGGUAUAGAGAUAAUGUGCAGAUAAAUCACAAGUAAAAAUCUUGCUGAAGCAUAUAAGUUUUUAAAACAAAUAAAAACUACAAAUAUACAAUUUGAAAAAUGAUAUUUAAACAAAACAAACAAAAUAGUACCGCGUUCGGCACAAAUUGUUUCUUUAAAAAAUAAAUUUUUAAAGUGCAUGUUCGCAGAAGAUUUAUUAUAUUUUAUUCAAAAAUAUAAAACUUUCUUCUCUCUCUCUUUCGAGUCAACAAAAAAAAAAAAAAAUAUAAUGAUUGUACUGUUAAUUGAAAAUGUUUAAAAACACAUAACAAAAGUUAGGAAGAUAAAGUUUUGACGAUGGAGAAUGAAUUUAAAAACACACAUAACACUUCUAAUUAAAACUUAACUUACAAAAUAAUAAUACUUGAUACACAAUAUUAUUAUUAUUAUAUAUUGCUUAUAUUCUACAGAGCGACUAUAUAUAAAUGAUUAGAAAAAGCGACAUGAUUAAAUUAUUAAAAAACAAAAAUUAAUAAAAAUUGCGAUGAGCAGAGAAUGCACCACAUAGAUCCCACCAAACAAAAAACAACAAUUUGAAUUGGUUUAUUUGUUUGUAACUUUUUUUUUCAUAAAAUCUUAACCAUAUUACCAUAUUCGCAUCGAUCUAUUAAAAAAAUGUUAUUCUCUUCUCAUUCACACAUAAUUACGGAAAUAAAAAAAAAAUAAAUAAAAAGAAAAUCUAAUUUUAGAAUAAAAAACAGUUCGCAUGUUGCAGUCAAUUUUUUUUGUUUUAACCAAUUUCGUUUUUUGUUAAAACAAAUAAGACACAUACAUACAAACAACAACCAACAAUAACAACAAUUGGGAUUGGGCAUCUCUUUUGUGUUAGUUUGGUUGUGUUUGUAGCUGUUUUUUUUUAUUAUUUGUUUCACACAAAAUACAACAAAUUGUAAUCAAAAAUAAUUGAGUGCCGAAUUAUAUUUUACUUUUUUCAACCCAACCAACUCAAAGUUUGGUGUAAUAAAGUAAUAUUUUAUUCUUAGAACUAUUAAAAAAAAUUAUUAAAAAUUGAUAUUUGGACUUAAAAAAUAAAUUUAAAAAAAAAAACAAGAAAAAAUAUAACAUUUUUAAAAUGUAAUAUUUUUAAAAAAUUUAUUAUUAUAAUCAUCGCUAUAAAAAAAAACAUAGAUAUUUAGCCUCUAAAAGAACAUUAAAAAUAUAUAUAAACAUAAACAACUUUUAACCUAAUUAUGAAUGUAAGUUAAUUUACAAAAAAAAUAAAUAAAUUUUUUCUGAUGGUGAUUUAGUGCAUUGCAUGCAUCUUCUAUAUAUUUACCGCGCAUAGGUGUCACUUUAGCGAUAUAAACAUUAAAAACUUUAGCUGAAAACUAAAAUGCAAAGCAGAUAUUUUAAACAAAAAACAAAAUUAUUUAAAAAAAAAAUAAAAACUUGGUAUGUAACACAAAUCGUAUACUCUCAUUUUGGCUUACAUACACAAACACAU